AUGAGUACUACGGAUCUUCGAUAUCCUGCCGAAUCGAAUCCUCCGAGUUCGUCAAAAGCUCAAGAUGCACCUUAUUAUAGUGUUCCUCUGCCGGUUCCACCUAAUGAUCCACAAAAUGUACGACCUACAAGAUGUGUUACUGGUCUACGUUUUUUAACGACAAUUCAUGGAAUAUUGAAUAUUGUCAUUUUUGUUGCACUUAUUUGUGUUAUAAUCAGUGCUGGCGUGUCUGACGACGGAAAAGCUAUUGAUAAUUCAGGAAUAGAGUCAAGCGCUGCUGUCACUGCUUUUCAUACUCGAAAUGCAGCUCUUGUGUUUUCAGCAGCCGGCCUUUUCUUCAUUGUUCUUGAUACUAUCCUUCAUGUCAGCCGUCUUGUAUAUCAUUUUCCAGCUAUAUGUGAUCUAGCUUUCAUUAUUGUUAUGCUUGUACUUGCUGUCGUAUAUCUUAUUCUUGGAUGUUGCGCAGCAGUAUGGGAACAAAAAGCACGAGAUACACUUGGAGUCGCUGGUGUAUUGCAGCAUAAAGGUGCGGCUGCAUCUGCUGCGUUCUUUUUAUUUGUGGCUAUGGUUGCUACUGCUAUCGAUUUUGGCUUACGAUUGGCCAUUAAACCACAACAACGAUAUAAUCCUUCUUCUGUUAUAAAUAAAGGUGCUUACGAUCCUCAUGUCGAUCCAGCUGGUACACCAAAAUUCUAA